CCCCCCCCCCCCCCUCUCCCCAACUGAAACGCCCAGGAAACCCAGUGGAACCGGGGAGGGAGCGAGAGAGAGAGAGAGAGAGAGAGCUUAUCCUGCCCACCUUCCCCUCACCUCCACUCUCUAGAUCUGGCCUCACUCACUGGUGAGUGCGGCCACUGACCGCAAGGGGAUGGCAUCCGAUGUUGUUUAUUUUUUUCUGGGUCCGAUGGCGCCCCCUGGUGACAGCUGUCAGGAAUAGCAGCUGUGGCUCGUUACCCGGCCAGGUCUUUUCAGGAAAGACUGUUUUUUUUCUGUGAGCACUGGCAAAGCCAGGCAGAGGAGGAGGGGAUGAUGGGGAGUAGGGGGUAACUAAGAGGAUUUUAUGAGUAACAAAAUAAAGAUGAAGAACUUAUGUAAAAACAAAAAAAAUUAAAAUGGAGAAAAGGAAAUGACACAAGAGACAAUUUCUGAAUUUUUUGUUUGAUUUCUGUAAAGAUACACCUUGUCUUUUGAGAAAAUCAUUGUAUGUAAAUAGUCAGCUUUUUGCAGUGUUUUUUCGUAACUUGAUUUCUUAUUUUAAUGUUGCUUUUUAAAAUUGAUCCACUUUAAAAUGGGGAAGAGGAGAAGGAGGAGGAGCAUCGCAGUCUUUUUGGUAUCACAGACGGUCUCCCUCUUGAAACAUCUUCCACCCCCUCUUCUCACACACACACACACACACACACACAUACAGACACACAUUAACGCAUACACACACACAACGCGUUUCCUCUUGUGAUGCAUCGAGGGAGAGGUGGACCUGAGGGAUAUACUUGAUUGUGCUUGUGGAGCACAGAGACGCGCUGGCCCCCUGCCCACCAAAAACCGCCAGAUUCUCAACAUCUUGUACAUUAGUGAAACAUACAGAUACACACCGGACACACUUACAUUUCACUACAACAUCUGGGACAAUUCAUUGAAAGAACCGACCUGUAAAGUCAACUUGUGUUACCCACUUUGCAGUCAGGGAAACUAUCUUUGGUGCGAGUUAGAAACACUGGUGUCAAGAGUAUGAAAAGUGAAAGUCAAUGAUAAGCUUAAUAUUGCCGACAGUGAUAUUCUUGAAGACAACUUCUUGGGCCCUGCAUUGAUCUGAAUUAUGAACGUGAGCUGACAUUGUCUAUGUUUUGGGUUUUUUAUAACAUGAAGCAGUAAAGUCUCCCACUAUUGCACAAAUUGGAUGCUCUCUGAAACGUAGUCAACGUGAAAAUAUUGCAAGAGAAGAAAUCUAUUUUUCUUUUCUUUUUUCCUUCGUGAGAGGGUAUGCCAUCCCUGGCGGCUUGAAAAACAAGGCAGCUUUAAUAAAUUUUCUCAGAGAUAUACAUUGGUGUUUAUUGAUAUUUGUACGUUCCUUUUCUUUUAUGUAGUCCCCCCUUUUUUUUAUACUGUCAAGACAGUCAUCUGAAACUGAACUCGGUAUUAUCUUUCCGUUGGACAAAAAAAUUAAACUAACCAAACGUGAAAAAGGUCGCUGCACCGUUGCACUUUUUUGUUUUGCAUUGGGGCUUUUUGUCAACAAAAGGCCAUACUACCUGUUGUGUAACUUAUUUAGCCUCCGCCACAGGAGCUUACUGAGGUGUGCUUUAAAUAUCCCUACGCGGCUCGCUAGAGAGACGGAUAUUUGGACUUCCGGCCUUCUCUAUAAGUAGCUGGUGCUUCAUAUCUUUCUUUUUCUCCAGUAGGAAACUUGCUUCACGGUCUCGAUUAGUGUAUGGUCCCUUCUUUUAUUAAACUUUUUUUUCCGGGAGUUGCUGUCGUUGUCAUUUUUAAGACCCUUGUCACCUUAAUCUCUUCUCUGGAUCCUGGGUUGAUAGCAUUUUAACCCCCCCCCCCCAUCCACAAGCAUGAAGCUUUCAAGUAUUAACGCUAGGUCAUAAUUUAUAAUGGCAGUUACGCUCCUUUCUGGUUAAGCCUCUUUUUUUGUCAAAUAUGUGAAAUCCUACCGUGUUAUAUUAUAGACAACCAAUCUGCUCUAAACUUGAUCCUUUUUUUUUCGUUCUCGUCAUGAUUUUGAAUUCUAGCUCCUCCCCCCCCCCGUUAUAUGAUUUUCCCCAUCAAUGUAUUUCAUCCCGUAUUGACGGGGUGUUAUGUGUUUACAAUGGCAAUGACGAAAAUAAAGUUUACAAACUUGAAUCUUAAAAAGACAAAAAAAUGAAAAUGAAGCCGAAACUAAAUUGAAGCGUCUUUUCAGCUCACAAUCAAACACGCAGUGGUGACUUUCUGAAAUUGAGACUUGAAAUAACCCAUAUAUCCUAUGAUGUUGAAAUGCAAUGUUCGUAUCGCACAAUGUCUCUUGGUAGUCUAUUACAAGAAUUCAGACCAAUCAAAUAAAGUGGAUCACUUCUCCACCUCUGAAAAUGGUCUCUGUUAUUCAAUUCACAUGCAUACAUAAAUACACCCUAUUCAGUAUUUUACUCAAGUAUCUUAGGUAGGUUACUUGUAUGUGCCUCCUAAAUGAUUGGCAAAAGUAUUAACUUGCUAUUUAUCUUAGUUUGAGUAUUUAACUAUUCCCCUUUUUUUAAUGGAGGGUGCAAAUUAUGCCGUUGUCCUGAUGCGAGGCCUGCCGAAGCAAAAAAAAAAGAAAGUUUGCACCAUUACAUACACCAAUAUCCUGAAUUUAAGCCCCCAAAACGUAAUCUUUAUUUUUGCAACGUAAGACCAAACUUUUAUUAUGACAUUUCGAUCGUGCCUCAGGCUUUUACUUUGGAAUAAAAUGUAGACAGGAAACGUCGUAAUAUACGAGCCGCCUAUUGGUCAGGAUACCGCAAGUAAAUCUGAAGAGUUCCUGUAAGCAAUGCGCUCUUUUUUACCUGCAGUGGCUGAACAGUUAUUUAAAGACAUUCAGAAAAUAUAUGAAGAAAAGUCACAAAUACCUGAUGACCUAUUGAUUGCGCUUAAGUUUGUCUUUGGCUCUUGUGCGCUGCAGGCGCUGGACCUAGUGGACAAGCACUCGGUCACCUGUCUGUCCUCACCCAGUGGACGCAAAGUGUACCAGGUGACGGGCGGCUCGGGCCGGCUGUACACCUGCUUCACCUCCUGCCACUACUGCCCAUGUCCCGCCUUCGCUUACGCGGUGCUCCGCAGGAACGACGGCCUUCUGUGCAAGCACCUCCUGGGCGUCUACCUGAGCCAGGCGAUGGGGCUGACCCAGCAGGAGAGCGUCUCUGACAAGCACAUCACCACCCUAAUGGCUGGGGGGGGCGCUGCCUCCUGACCCACCACCCCCACCUGAACCACUGGAACAAUCUGGAUACCCCCCCCCCCCCAACCCCCACGCGAAGCCCCGUGUCCCUACCCCCGCAGCCCACCAUGUGAAUGAUCGGGACACGCACCGACGCACACACCUGGGUGACACCCAGGAGCAGGGCGCUAAUCUGAGGUUCCUUCUCGCUGAAGGACUCCAGAUGGGUUUUCUGGAACAGUUCCUCGUCGGGUUCUGGUUAAAUAAACAGCUGGGACGUUUGAUUUCACUGGGCUCCUGAGUCAGCUGCUCCUUGUGGAAAUAACAUGUUUUUCUUUUGUACUUGCUAAAGCACCUUGUUAAUGCACAACAAUUUCAAUGUAACCUUGUUUCUUUUUAUAUAUACAUGUACAUUUCCUUGACAAUAAAGAAUGCUG